AUGGCCCAAUUUGGACAUGUGUCUGCUGUUAGCUUAAGCAACCAAAAUAACACAGCCAGUAUUUUGAGCCCACCCUCUGCAAGAAGACAUAGACUUUCGUUCGCUGGUAGUGACGCUUUCAGUCAUAAAUUGAGAAUUUCGGAUGCACAUGCCUUUUUGUCGAGAUCUAAGAGGAAGUCAUCUGUUUUGAAAGUUGUUUGCAUUGAUUACCCAAGACCGGAGCUUGACAACACAGUCAACUUUUUGGAAGCUGCUUACUUGUCGUCGUCUUUUCUUUCUUCUCCUCGUCCUGAAAAGCCAUUGGAAGUGGUCAUUGCUGGUGCAGGUUUGGCUGGUUUGUCAACAGCAAAAUAUUUGGCAGAUGCAGGCCAUAAACCUAUAUUGUUGGAAGCAAGGGAUGUUUUGGGUGGAAAGGUGGCGGCAUGGAAAGAUGAGGAAGGAGACUGGUACGAGACUGGGUUGCAUAUAUUUUUUGGGGCUUAUCCAAAUAUUCAGAACUUGUUUCGAGAAUUGGGCAUUAAUGAUCGGUUGCAAUGGAAGGAGCAUUCCAUGAUUUUUGCUAUGCCAAACAAACCAGGACAAUUUAGUCGGUUUGAUUUUCCGGAAGUCUUACCUGCCCCGAUUAAUGGAAUAUGGGCCAUCUUGAAGAACAAUGAAAUGCUUACGUGGCCGGAGAAAGUCAAGUUUGCAAUCGGGCUCUUGCCAGCCAUAUUGGGUGGCCAGUCUUAUGUUGAGGCGCAAGAUGGAAUAACAGUUCAAGACUGGAUGAGAAAACAGGGUGUACCAGACAGGGUGACCAAAGAAGUAUUUAUUGCUAUGUCUAAAGCACUGAACUUUAUAAACCCGGAUGAGCUUUCAAUGCAAUGCAUUCUAAUCGCUUUGAACAGAUUCCUUCAGGAAAAGAAUGGGUCAAAGAUGGCUUUCUUGGAUGGCAAUCCCCCAGAAAGACUGUGCAUGCCAAUCGUCGAUCAUAUUCAGACUCGGGGUGGCGAAGUCAGACUCGACUCAAGGAUACAGAAAAUCGAGCUAAAUGAAGACAAAAGUGUCAAAAGCUUUGUACUGAAUGAUGGAAAUGUGAUCAAAGGAGAUGCAUAUGUCUUUGCUACUCCAGUUGAUAUUCUAAAGCUGCUUUUGCCUGACGAAUGGAAAGAGAUUCAGUAUUUCAAGAAAUUGGAGAAAUUGGUUGGGGUGCCAGUUAUAAAUGUUCACAUUUGGUUUGACAGAAAGCUAAAGAACACAUAUGAUCAUUUACUUUUCAGCAGAAGCCCACUCCUCAGUGUAUACGCGGACAUGUCGGUAACUUGUAAGGAAUAUUACAAUCCGAACCAGUCGAUGUUGGAGUUGGUUUUUGCACCGGCAGAGGAAUGGAUCUCGCGAAGUAAUGAAGAAAUAAUCGAAGCUACCAUGAAGGAACUCGCCAAACUAUUUCCCGAUGAGAUCUCGGCUGAUCAGAGCAAAGCCAAAAUACUGAAAUACCAUAUCGUCAAAACUCCUAGGUCUGUGUAUAAAACUGUACCCGGUACGGAGCCUUGUCGUCCGCUACAAAAAUCCCCAAUAGAGGGAUUCUAUUUAGCCGGUGAUUACACAAAGCAAAAAUACCUAGCGUCCAUGGAAGGUGCUGUCCUAUCAGGAAAGCUUUGUGCUCAGGCCAUUGUGAAGGACUACGAAUCCCUGGCUAGCAAAGAACAGAAAAAGCUGGCCGAGGCAACCGUUUCGUAG